CGCCUUUCUUCGCUCCGUUAAAAUUUCAACUCUCCGUUUUCUGUUAAGACUGCAUUGUUCAUCGUUCGUCACAGGCACUUCGUUUCUCUUAAUUGCCUUGCAUUUUCACUUUUCUGCCCUUAUCAAUCAUGUCUGGACGUGGUAAAGGAGGAAAAGCUCGCUCAAAGGGAAAGACCCGCUCUAGCCGUGCUGGCCUGCAGUUCCCAGUCGGCAGAAUCCACAGGUUGCUCCGCAAGGGCAACUAUGCUGAACGUGUUGGUGCAGGCGCACCAGUAUACCUGGCUGCAGUCAUGGAAUAUUUGGCGGCUGAAGUGCUUGAGUUGGCAGGAAAUGCCGCGCGUGACAACAAGAAGAGCAGGAUCAUUCCACGACACUUGCAGUUGGCUAUUAGAAACGACGAGGAACUGAACAAGCUGCUCUCUGGUGUAACCAUUGCUCAAGGUGGUGUCCUGCCAAACAUUCAGGCAGUGCUGUUGCCCAAGAAGACCACCACAGGGCCAGGCACUGGCAAGGUUGGAGGAAAACAGGCAUCUCAGGACUUCUAAGAGCAGUGUGUGUUACUAAUUUAAUUUUAUCAUAAUUCCACACAAUUUUCCCCGCCAUGGUGUGGCUUUAAAUAUUUUUAUAUGUGCGUAGUUGUGGUAUUGUCUCCAAGACUAGUUUUAUCAUGAUUCCACUUUCAUGUGUAUGUUGAUCAUAAUAGCAUAAUAAGUUUGUUCAUUUCAAUUUCAAGGAUUGCGUUUCUUUUUGUUUCUACUUCUAAAGCCUCAUUACAUAUAUGUAUCAUUAUACCUUAAAUACAAACAACUGACUACUUGCUAAAUCUUGAA